AUGAGUGGGAAUGAGUUCCGCUUCUUCUUGUCGUAUGACAUCAAUCUCCCUGUCACAUUCCGAAUCGAGAGAUUGGAAGGAUCACUGCCUCCUGUCGAAGUCCCCGAUUCUGGAAUUGAUUCUACUGCGGAAGAGAGAAGAGCAGAGUUGUAUGUUGAGUGUGUAUUAUGUAUGGAUGGCGCUCCCUUUGGUCUUCCCAUGAGAACAAGGUUAGAGACCAAUGGAUCGGCUUACUGCUGGAAUGAACUCAUCACGUUGAGUACUAAAUAUAGAGACCUCAGUAGAUACUCACAGCUUGCUUUAACAGUUUGGGAUGUUUCCCAUGGAAAAAAUGAAGGCCUAAUUGGUGGGGCUACCAUUCCUCUUUUCAACAGUAAGUUGCAACUCAAAACAGGCAAGCAGAAGCUUAGGCUUUGGUUGGGCAAAGUAGCUGAUGGAUCAUUUCCAACAACUACUCCUGGAAAGGUCCCCAGGCAUGAGCGUGGAGAAUUGGAGCGUUUAGAAAAGCUUCUGAAUAAAUAUGAAAGGGGGCAGAUUCAACGUGUAGAUUGGCUUGAUCGGCUUACGUUUAAAGCUAUGGAGAAAAUCAAAGGCCGCGAGAGCUCUAAAACUGGGAGUUCACACCUGUACUUGGUUGUUGAUUUCUGUAGCUUUGAACAUAGAGUUGUUUUCCAGGAAUCAGGGGCAAAUUUUGUAUUACCAUCACCUAUUUCUUCAACAAAUGAACUUGUUAUUGUGUGGGACCCUGAAGUGGGUAAGAUAAAUCCUUCUGAGCACAAGCAACUGAAGCUAGCAAGGAGCUUAACCCGAGGCAUCAUUGACAAGGAUUUGAAGCCAAGCAACAAUGAGAGAAAGUCAAUACAAAGAAUUUUGAAAUACCCACCAACACGAUCUUUGAGUGGAGAUGAGAGACAGCUCUUGUGGAAAUUUCGCUUCUCGUUGAUGACUGAGAAGAGGGCACUCACAAAGUUUCUCCGAUGUGUGGAGUGGAGUGAUGUUCAGGAAGCAAAACAAGCACUAGAGUUGAUGGGCAAGUGGGAAACAAUUGAUGUCUCUGAUGCACUUGAGCUUCUAUCUCCCCUUUUUGAAAGUGAAGAGGUUCGUGCAUAUGCUGUCAGUGUUCUGGAGAGAGCUGAUGAUGAAGAGCUCCAAUGUUACUUGCUUAAACUAGUUCAGGCUCUUAGAUUUGAACGAACAGACAAAUCUCGGCUUUCUCAGUUCCUAGUGCAACGCUCAUUAAACAACAUUGAGUUGGCUAGCUUUCUCCGAUGGUAUGUUGCUGUCGAGUUUUAUGAUCACGGUUAUACCAAACGCUUCUAUUGUACUCAUGAGCUACUGGAAGAGAAUAUGAUGAAGUUGCAAGCUGGUCCAGAUGGAGAAGAUGGAUUCAAGUUGUGGCAAAGUUUGGUGCGGCAGACAGAAUUGACAGCACAGUUGUGUUCUAUAAUGAGAGAUGUCAGAAAUGUGCGAGGAAAUACUCAAAAGAAAAUUGAAAAGCUUAGGCAGCUUCUAUCUGGACUUCUUAGUGAACUCACUUAUUUUGAGGAGCCCAUACGAUCUCCACUUGCUCCAUCUCUCCUUAUUACCGGCAUUGUGCCUUCAGAGUCAUCAAUAUUCAAAAGUGCACUGCACCCUUUACGCCUGACUUUCAGAACACAGACUGGUGGAACUUCUAAGAUCAUAUUUAAGAAGGGCGACGAUAUUCGACAAGACCAAUUGGUCGUUCAAAUGGUAUCUCUAAUGGAUCGCUUGCUAAAGUUGGAAAAUCUUGAUCUGCACUUGACUCCAUAUAAAGUCCUUGCUACUGGACAAGAUGAAGGCAUGCUUGAAUUCAUCCCAUCACGGUCUUUGGCUCAGAUACUCUCAGAGCAUCGUAGUAUUACAAGCUAUUUGCAGAAGUUUCACCCUGAUGAUCGUGGCCCCUUUGGUAUUACUGCCACUUGCCUGGAGACGUUUAUCAAAAGCUGUGCUGGCUAUUCGGUCAUCACGUAUAUUUUGGGCAUUGGAGACAGGCACUUGGACAACCUUUUGCUUAGAGAUGAUGGGCGUAUGUUCCAUGUUGACUUUGGUUUUAUUCUCGGCCGAGACCCCAAGCCAUUUCCACCACCAAUGAAGCUGUGCAAAGAAAUGGUAGAGGCGAUGGGUGGUGCAGAAAGUCAAUACUACACCCGGUUCAAAUCUUACUGCUGUGAAGCAUACAACAUCCUCCGGAAAUCAAGCAACCUGAUUCUGAACCUUUUCCAUCUGAUGGCGGGUUCCAACAUCCCAGACAUAGCUUCUGACCCGGAGAAGGGCAUACUCAAGCUCCAGGAGAAGUUCCGGCUAGACUUGGACGAUGAAGCUGCCAUCCAUUUUUUCCAGGAUCUUAUCAACGAGAGUGUCAGCGCUUUGUUUCCUCAAAUGGUUGAGACCAUUCACAGGUGGGCUCAGUACUGGCGCUAA